AGCUUUUAUUUUUGUCUUUUUUUUUUCUCUCAUUUUUUUCAUUAUUAUACUGUUUUCUUCUUCCUGUGUCUUGUUUUGACCGUUGCUUUUUUGUUAACGUUUUCUCUGUUCAUUCUCUCUUGCUUUUCUUCUUUCUCUCACUGAUUCCUUCUACACUCUGUCAUUGCUCUAAAGCACUGUUUUGUUCCUGUUCCUGUUUCCUCCAACACCAUUCUUAGAUUUGGGGUUUCUUUAUGAAUCUAGUGAAAUAUGAAGAAGGGUUGUUAUUUGGUUUUGAUGGAAACUUAGGAUUUUGUUAUUCAUAGGGAGAGAGGAAGAGAUGGGAUGUUCACAAUCAAAGCUUGAUGAUGAAGAGUCAGUUCAGCUUUGUAAAGAUAGGAAGAAGUUCAUUAAACAAGCUGUUGAGCAAAGAACUCGGUUUGCGACUGGACAUAUAGCUUAUGUUGAAUCUAUGAAGAGGGUUUCGGCUGCGCUUCGUGAUUAUAUUGAAGGUGAUGAGCCUCGCGAGUUUUCGUUAGAUUCGGUUGUUACGCCGCCUUUUACGCCGGUGAAGAAGAAAACUAACCCUAGGAUUGCCAAUGGCAAUGGUAAUGGCAACCCUAGGAUUGCCAAUGGCAAUGGCAAUGGCAAUGGUAAAGGAAAUGGUAAUGGUAAUGGCAACCCUAGGAUUGGCAAUGGAAAUGGUAAUGGCAAUGGCUUUGUUCCUAUAUCGGCUAAAUCUUUCACGCCAUCGUCGAUCGAAUUUGGAGUUGGACCGAAUUCGUUCACGCCAUCGCCGAUUGAAUUUGGAGUUGGGCCGAAUUCAACUUUGAGAAUGAAUUACUUUAGGCCAGGUGGUAAUCCGGCGGUUUUAGUUGAGGAAAGGCCUCCGUCGCCUGAAAUCGUCCGAAUGGAAGCGUAUGCUCCAAUGCAGCAUUAUGGUGUGGAUGGUUAUUUUGCAAUGCAAUCAUCACCACCGAUGAAUCCGUCGAUUUUUCCUUAUUCUCCUCCAAAUGUUAGGCCUAAUAUACCUCCACCUUCACCGCAAAAUGCUCAAUGGGAUUUCUUUUGGAACCCUUUUUCCUCGUUGGAUUACUAUGGUUAUCCGAACCGAAGUAACCACGAUCAAAACGGUAUGGAUGAUGAUUACAGAGGACUAAGGCAGGUUCGAGAAGAAGAGGGGAUACCAGACCUUGAAGAAGAUGAAACUGAACAUGAAGAUUAUGUUGUUAAGAGAAAUGUAGUAGAAGAAAGACCUAGAAAUGAUAUAAAUACAAACCCCUCCAAAGAAGAAGUCCUAGUUGAAGAUCUCGACGAAGAUGACGAGGAUGAUGACGAUGACGGAGAGGAGGAAGAGGAGGAUGAUGAAGUCGGAACAGAUGACGAAACCGAAAUCGAAACUGAAACUGAGCAUGAUGCCAAAGAUUCACAACAAGCUCAUGGAAAUGCAAGUUUUGAAGUAUCAAAAAAUCAAGCUGCGGGUCAUAUCGAAUCCAGCCGUAGAGAAAUGGAAAUUGGUAAACAAGAACCUAAGGAAGAAAUGGCUGGUUUUACGGUUUAUGUAAACCGAAGACCAACAAGCAUGGCAGAAGUGAUCAAUGAUCUUGAAGCUCAAUUCAAAACCGUGUGCAAUGCAGCCAAUGAUGUCUCGGUUUUGUUAGAGGCAAAGAAAGCUCAGUAUUUGCUAACAUCAAAUGAACACUCAGCAUCAAAAUUAUUGAAUCCGGUCGCUUUGUUCCGGUCAGCUUCUUCGCGCUCUUCUUCAUCAAGAUUUUUAGUGAAUUCUUCAACCACUAGAGAGGAAAGAUGUGAGGGCGGUAAGGAUAUCUCAAAGGAACAUUGUAGGCUUUCUGGUAGUCACCAAUCUACAUUGGACAAGUUAAAUGAAUGGGAGAAGAAGCUCUACGAGGAAGUCAAGUGUGGAGAGCGAGUCCGAAUUGCGUAUGAGAAAAAAUGCAAGCAACUAAGCAACUAUGAAGUAAAAGGAGAGGAUCCUUCUGCAGAUAAAACAAGAGCAACCAUUAGAGAUCUAGACACUCAGAUAACAGUUUCAAUACACUCAGUUGAAGCUAUUUCCCGGAGAAUAGAAACUCUAAGGGACGAAGAGUUGCAUCCUCAACUUCUCGAAUUAGUACAAGGGCUUGAAAAGAUGUGGAAAGUGAUGGCAGAAUGUCAUCAAACACAGAAGAGAACCUUAGACGAAGCAAAGAUUCUUCUAGCCGGCACACCUUCUAAAUCGCAUUCCAAAAGACAACAACAGCCUUCCAUCUCAAUGACCGAUCCAAAUAGGCUCGCCCGAUCAGCCUCAAUUCUCGAAACCGAGUUACGAAACUGGCGAAACACCUUCGAGUCAUGGAUCACUUCUCAAAGAUCCUACAUUCAAGCACUAACCGGAUGGCUUCUCCGGUGUGUGAGAUCCGAACCCGACGACGUAUCAAACUUACCACCCUACUCUCCUCAAAGGAUGAGCAACACUCACCCAUUAUUCGGACUUAUCGUUCAGUGGUCAAGGUGUCUAGACGGAGUGCGCGAAAAGGCAGUGCUCGACGGAAUGGACUUUUUUGCAGCCGGGAUGGGAUCCCUCUAUGCGCAUCAAUUGAGGCAAGACUCGAGGUCGAGUUCGUAUAGAACAACAACGAAUCAAAAUGGUGGGAAUAUGGAAAUGGUUGAAGUCGGUCAUGUGGAAGAAGAAGAGGUUAUGGCUCCUGAAAAACUUGCUGAAGUAGCUAUAAAAGUUCUUUGUGCUGGAAUGUCUGUUGCUAUAAGCUCAUUAGCAGAUUUUGCUUAUGAUUCUGCAGAGGCUUAUAGUGAAGUUGUGAAGCAAUGGGAGAGUGUGAAAGGCCAAAAGCAUAAUAAUUGUAGUGAGAAUAGAACAUAGUUGUUGUUGUGUCACAUUUUGUGUGCUUAUUUUAGUUACUAGUUUGUUAGGCUUGUUUAGCUAUGUGUUUUUGUCAAUGUAAAUUAUGCAUUUAGCUAAUCAAUACAAAGGUAGAUAGCAAGGGCCAUUGCACCCUUUAUUGUUCAAA